AUGUCGUCCCAGAAGCUGUCCCAGAAAGUUCGCGCGGGACAGGAAGGUUCUGUAGGUCGCCAUGGAAACCUUGGAAUCGUCCCGUUGCUGGCGGGAACGGCGGUAGCUGUGAGCGUGGGGACUCUGCUGUUCGUGGUGUGGGAGGUCGCGUGUCUGAGGGACCAGCUAACGACAGUACAGGUCGACCUGUGGGAACGGCAGGAGGCAUUCCAUAGAAACUUCCAGGAACAGGUGAACCAGCUGAGAGACCAGGUGGAGCCACUGGGAAGCGGGUUUAAGAAGGACGGGCCGUGGAAGGAAGAGUUGGAGCCAAAGCCCCCAGUGGAUCUCCACCCCGAGGGCCCGGCUGGUGACGUGCUGCGCGCCAUUGCAGACGCGCGACGUUACCACAGCGCCUCCUUUCGGCAGGAUGCGGCAGUGCACCACAGAUCUAAGAGGGACCUGAUGGCCAACACCUUCCUCAUGCGAGGGAGUCUGGGAGGGGACGAACUGAAGCCGGCACCAGUUGAUCAAGUCAGUCCACUCGGCCCUCAAGGCCCGCCUGGUCCGCCCGGCCCUCCCGGAAAACCUGGAGAGUGUGGCUGUCCCAAAUUGGCCAAUCCGGAACUGACAACGGAGGCACCGAAUCAACCGGAUUCUUCCGGAUCUCCUGGAGAGUUAGACUGUGCUGCGUACUUCGCCGCUGGACAGACGGAAAGUGGAGUCUACACAGUCGGCCCCCCUUCCUCCCGUGUGGAAGCCUACUGCGAUAUGGAUAUAGCAGGCGGAGGCUGGACCGUGAUACAGCGCCGACAGGACGGGUCGGUUCUAUUUGACCGGACCUGGGAGGAGUACAAACAGGGGUUUGGGGACAAGAACGGGGAAUACUGGCUUGGGAACGACAACAUCUACCGCAUGACGAAGCAGAAGAAAUACAGGCUGCGAAUAGACAUGGAAGAUUGGGAUGAAAAUAGCCGAUUCGUUGAAUAUAGUUCCUUUAGUUUGUCCAGCGAGGCUAGCGGCUACCGGCUGCAGAUUUCCGGGUACAGCGGGAACGUGCCUGACUCCCUGACCUACCACAACGGUCAGCGGUUCUCCACGCUUGACCGGGACCAGGACAGCAUCAGAGGGCUUCACUGUGCCCAGCGCUACGGACACGGCGGCUGGUGGUACCUCGCCUGUCUCAGGUCGGGGCUGAACGGGCACUACCUGGGCGACUGUCGGAACGCCUGUCCCUACUCACAGGGCGUGGUUUGGUACGACUGGCGGGGCAGGUUCUACUCGCUAAAGGCUGUGACCAUGAAAAUCAAACCGUAA